AUGUCUUAUAUGCUUCAGCAUCUAAGAAGUGGGUGGGCUGUAGAUCAAGCUAUUGUGAGGGAGGAAAAUCGAGUUGUAUGUAUUAGAUUCGGUCAUGAUUAUAAUCCAGACUGUAUGUUAAUGGAUGAAACUUUAUACAAAAUAGCUGAGGAUGUUAAAAAUUUUUGUAUAAUAUAUUUAGUUGAUAUAACUGAGGUACCUGAUUUUAAUACUAUGUAUGAACUUUAUGAUCCUGUAUCUGUGAUGUUUUUCUUUAGGAAUAAACAUAUUAUGGUUGACUUAGGUACUGGUAAUAACAACAAAAUAAAUUGGCCACUAACUAACAAACAAGAGCUAAUAGAUAUUAUAGAAACUGUAUAUAGAGGUGUUAGAAAGGGUAAAGGUCUGGUUAUAUCACCAAAAGAUUAUUCAACUAGAUAUAAGUACUAA